GGUCACAGGCGGAUAUCUUACCUGGCAACGUGUGAACUGCACAUAACACGCAGGUCCCGGUUUUGAUUCGGUCCCGGUUCUUAUAACGGAGAGUCUGCUAAUGGACGACCUCAGUAAAUGAGACAUUCUGCUAGUUUAAACCAGUAGAGAGGAGCAAGGAUGGCGGAGAGGAGCGGCCCGGCGGCCCGGGCGGUGCUUCAGCAGUGUCUGCAGGCCAGACUCCAGGUGAAACCUGCAGAGCAAGAGGCCGAGGCUCAGUUCGUCCAGAUCGAGAGAGGCAUGGUGAUUUACAUCUGCUUCUUUAAAGGAGCCACGGACGACCUCCUGCCCAAGAUGGCCUCCACGCUGUUGAACCUGCGGCUCUGCGAGUCCGACUCGGGGAAGAUGGUCUCCGUCUCUGAGCUCCCCGGCGACCUGCUGAUCGUCCCUCAGGCCACGCUGGGCGGGAAGGCCAAAGGUCGAGCCCUGCAGUACCACGACAACAUCGGCAAGGAGGACGGCCUGCGGCUCUACGCCGCCUUCGUGUCUCUGUGCGAGCAGCGGCUGGCGGCCGCCUCGGUGAAGCACGGCACGUACGGAAACAGACAGGUGCUGAGGCUCGACACCAACGGGCCGUACACGCACCUCGUGGACUUCUGAGGAGGGACGAACUGCCGCGGUCACCAUGGAGACCAACUCGCUCUCCUGAGGGAUGUCCAGACGCUCUCAGCAUAUUAGAGGAAACAACUAUCACUUUGGAAUGUGUCACAUUUUUAAUCUGACAACAGGCGACAGGACGGGAGACAAAAUGAAAGUCUUAAGUGUUCAUGACGACAUUAAAAGUUGAUUUCCCGACGAUUUGGAGACUUAAAUAUUCUGUUGUGAAGGGAAACACUUGAUCCUCCAGCAUGCAGUUCUAUUCAACAGAAGGUCUCACCACAACCAGCCACGCAAACACAGGGGAUUAAAAAAAACAUUGCAUGAUUUUUAGAAAUCUAGGCUUCACUAAUUCAGGGAGGCAGAAUGUCAUUUAGUGCAUUUAGUUUAGUCGAGCCCUUCACUUUACAUUUGACGUUUCAUGCUACUUUACUUCUACUCCACUUUGAUCUUGGUACCUUUUUUACUGCUUUUCAUCUACAUGACAGCUUGACUCUGCAGACGAAUACUGAUGAAAUAGAUUCAAUUAAAUCUGUUUAUGUACAAAUGAAUAUACUUCAAAACUUGUGCCUAAGUAAUGUUUUCCCUUGAUUCGGAGUAUUUGUAAUGUUAUCGUUUCAUUCGUUGGGUGUCUUGUCUCCUCCGGGCCAGCGGGGCGCUGUGCGGCGACUCAGGGACCGGAAGUGAGCAGCGCUCAGUAAACUUGGGUUACAGCAGCUUUUACAACCUGCGUCAAACCGUUUUUUCUGUCACAUUUGCGGCAAGAAGGAGUAAUGGAAUUUCCGGAUGUCCUCCCAUCCCGCCAAAAUAAGAUGAUGAAAAUUGGCGAACAUGAAAACUCCUUUAGUCCGUCUCGUGCUUUGUACCACUUUGUUCCACGAGGCCCUCUGACUAGAAAUAAAAUGGUCAUGUAUAUGAACAAUCAAAAUGAAAAGGAUGGUUACUGGAUGGAUACACUUAUCUUUAACUGAAAAAUGGUUGGUUUGAUCAAUAAAAGCUUUCAGAUACCAACAAUUUGACGUUU